UAGGCUGCUCUCGCUACACAAAUACUGAACUUUGUCUUUCGGUAAACACGAAGUAUAAUAACUGGACAGGCAGAGCGAAGGUCGAUAACCCAUCCACUCGGUUAAAUGCUAAAUGCGCGCCGUGGACCCGUUGUUGUAUUAGUGAGCGCUAAUCGAAUCGAGUGAGGUAAGGCAUCAGUUGUCGCGUACCAAUAGACGACGAGUUCUGUUCGUCAUCACCAUGAACUUUCUCGUGGACACUCUUCGGGUGCUUUUGAUGCUACUGGUCUACAGCUUAGAAUCAUUCGUUAGGUUAUUCAUACCGCCUCGAAAGAAGGACGUGUCCGGGGAGACUGUCUUGCUGACCGGCGCGGGCGGCGGCAUAGGUCGCCUCAUGGCCUUGGAGUUCGCGCGGCUGGGCGCGCUCCUGGUGCUGUGGGACAUUAAUGAGGAAGGUAAUAAAGAGACCGCCCGUCUGAUUAAAGAAACGCACGGAGCGAGAGCGUACGCCUAUACCUGUGACUGCAGUGACCGGGAGGAAGUGUACAGAAUCGCAAACCAGGUAAAGCGUGAGGUUGGUGAUGUCACAAUUUUGAUAAAUAACGCAGGGAUAGUUACUGGGAAGAAGUUCAUGGAGUCUCCCGAUUCACUCAUAGAGAAGUCUAUGGAGGUCAAUAGUCUGUCACAUUUUUGGAUGUACAAGGCAUUUCUGCCAGCAAUGAUUGCUGCUAAUCAUGGCCAUUUGGUCAGUAUUGCAAGCUCUGCUGGACUUCUUGGAGUAAAUGGACUGGCAGAUUAUUGUGCAAGUAAGUUUGCUGCGGUUGGCUUUGCUGAGUCUAUGGGGCUGGAACUGCUGUCCAUGGGCUGUGAUGGAGUGAAGACCACCAUAGUCUGCCCAUUCUUCAUUAACACUGGCAUGUUCGAUGGCGCCAACACAAAGUUUCCCAGAAUCAUGCCUAUUCUUGAUCCGGACUAUGCAUGUAGGAAGAUCGUGGAUGCCGUUAGAAGGGAACAGGUUUAUGUUUAUAUGCCUCGAUUCAUCUACAUUGUCGUCGCUUUGAAGAAUCUUUUACCCAGUAAAACGGGCCUGCUGCUUGGUGAAUAUCUAGGAGCAUUCGACUUUAUGGCUAAGUUCAAAGGCCACGCAAAAAAGAGCAAUUAAUUUCCACCUCCAGAGGAUUUCAGAAACCAACGGGUCGACCAGACGGACAAUUCCCAGAGAUGUUUGAAGAAAGCAAGCAGUGUCCUGCCACAACGUUCCAGUAGAGCGAAUGGAAUAGUUUAAAAGCUUAAAAGCACUUCUUAUAUACAGAACUGUUUUAACUAUUAGAAUUAUGAGUUUUUUAAUAAGACAGAUUAACUCAUUUUGCUCCAUUUUCAAUUAAUUUGCAUCAAAGAAAACAUUUUGACGAAGACAAACUGUUUCACUUAUUCACUUCCUAAUUACUGACUGAUUGUAUUAUGGAAUAAUAGUAAUAUCCUAAUAAAUAUAUAUUCAUAAUAAUAA